AUGGAGUUGGCCAAGGAGUCGCUCAGGAAGGAGCUGGAGGAGGAGCUGAAGCUCAGCACCGACGAGCUGCGGAGCCACGCGUGGUACCAUGGCUGCCUGCCACGGGAGGAGGCAGAUUCCCUGCUGGGGGAGGACGGGGAUUUCCUGAUCCGGGACUCAGGCUCCAGCCAGGGGGACUACGUGCUGUCGUGUCGCUGGCGGGGCGAGCCCCUGCACUUCAAGAUCAUCCGGGUGGUGCUGCGCCCUCGCCUGGGCUACUCCCGCACCCUCUUCCAGUUCGAGCAGGACCAGUUCGACAACGUGCCGGCCCUGGUGCGCUUCUACGUGGGCAACCGCACGCCCGUCUCGGAGACCUCGGGCGCCGUGGUCUCCCGGCCCGUCAACCGGGACGUGCCGCUGCGCUGGCUGCAGGAGCGCUACCGGGCCACCGGCCAGCCCCGUCUGGACGGGCAGGAGCCGGCCAAGGGGGACGCGGCUCCCCGCAGACUCAGCCUCCGCAGGCUCACCGCUGGGGAGAUGGCGACAGAGGGGAACCUGCUCCGAGUGAAAGACAGGAGUGGGAGCCACCCCACCGGGUUGGAUCAGCUGGGCCGGAGACCCUCCCUCUACACGGCGCAGUCAGACAGUAACCUGCGGACAGGCAGCCCGGAAGCUCCAGCCGGCACCCAGGAACGGGGCGAGCUCCCGCCCCCCUCGCCCGUCUUCCGCACUGGCAGCGACCCCGUGCUGCGGCCCACCGCCCCCCGGUGCCUGGACCCCGAGGGGGGUGCAGCCCUGAGCGGCUCGGAGGGGCAGCUGCACUCCAAGGCUCCCCCCAAACCCCUGCGGGCCCCCUCCAUGCUGGUGGGCGACGCCUCCCAGGAGCAGCUCAGCACCUACUGUGAGCUGGUGCCCAAAGCCCCGGCCGGCCUGCGGAGCCACGUGGCUCGGCUGCACACCGAGGAGAAGUGGCGUGGCCGGGCCCGGGCCACGGACACGGCCUUUGGCUUCCUCGAGGACGAGGUGGCGCCGCUCCCCCGGCCGCGCCCCUAUGAGGAGGAGAUGGAGGGCUUUGUGCGCCCCCUACUGGAGACAGCCUCCUCCUUCCAGCCCCACAGCUUCCACUCGCUCCUCCUGCCCCCCGACAACAAGCCCCUGGAGCCUGGCGCCCUCAAACGGCUCAAGGACCUUUUCGACCGGCAUGACUGCCGGACCAUGGCCCUGCACAUCCUCUACAUAGACUGUCUGGCUGGCAGGAUCACCAGGGUGCCCAGGGAGCAGCAGCGGGCGAUGGGGGUGAGCUCGGGGCUGGAGCUGAUCACCCUGCCUCACGGGCACCAGCUGCGCCUGGACCUGUUGGAAAGGCACCAUCUCAUUGCCCUGGGCAUCGCCGUGGACAUCCUGGGCUGCACGGGGGCCGUGGCGGAGCGAGCCGCCACCCUGCACAAGAUCAUCCAGCUGGCCGUGGAGCUAAAGGGCUCGGCCGGGGACCUGUUUGCUCUGUCGGCCGUGAUGAAGGGCCUGCAGCUGCCCCCGAUUGCGCGGCUGGAUCAGACGUGGCAGAAGCUGCGGCAGAGCCACACCGAGAGCGCCAUCGCCUUCGAGAAGGACCUCAAGCCCUUCGUGAAACGCCUCCACCGGGGGGAAGGGAACUCCUCCCAAGGAGAGGUCGCCAUCCCUCACCUCCUGCCUCUCAUCAGCCUCAUGGAAGGGGAGCAGCUCUGGGACGACCAUGAGGAGAGCUGCGACCUCCUCCUACGCACACUGGAGUCCGCCCGCUCCAUCGCCACCAGCGCUGGGGCCUACAAAGCCACCGCAGAGGCUAAGCUCCAAGGCUUCCAAGCCACGCCGGAGCUCCUCGAAGCUUUCCAAACCGAGUUCGCGCUCCGCUUAUUCUGGGGCAGCAAAGGAGCGGCCGCGGACCGGGCCGAGCGCUACAGGAAAUUCGACGCCAUCCUCACGGUGCUGUCCCAGAAACUAGAACCAGCGGGGAAAACGGAGCCCUGA